AUGCGAGCACAAACAAACACAGAAAGACAGGAGACCAAGAAUUCAAGAAAAAGAAAGGAUCUGGCGACGGAGAAAGGGAAGAGGAGAAAGUUCAGUGAAAAGAAGGCUGAGAGCAAGCCCAAGUUGAGGAGCGACAAGACUCGUGAUCCUGAGAGGACAAGGUCUAUGAACGACCAGAUCUCUCAGCAUGCAAACAGGAAAGAGCUGGCAGAGGCGAAGAAGCUGCUCCAGCAGGCGGUAGACGAGGAUCUGGCGAACACGCACACCUAUUCCAUUGCGAUCAACGCCUACGUCCGAUGCGGCGAUGCGAUUGGAGCAUCUAAGGUGAUGAAGCAAAUGAUCAGCGCAGGUUUUGCUCCGUGUGUUGUCGCGUACACAACACUCAUCAACGGGAAGUGCAAAGCUGGAGAUGUACUGGGCGCUCUGGAUGUGCUGCGGGCCAUGCUGAGUAGGAAACCUCCGGUGCUGCCAAACAUUCGGACCAUCAACACCCUUCUUCGCGGCUGCUUGCUAGUCGGGGCGUCCUCCGAGGCAGAUUCGCUCUUCGAACGCAUGCAGGGAGAGUGGAGUCUUGAGCCGGAUCUGUCCACAUAUGAGUACAUCAUAUCUCUGCGGUGUCAGGGACUCCUGCUCGGCGAGGCCACCAAACUCUUCAGGAUGCUGCAGAAGAAGACCAAGAAGGAUAGCGAAGAAGCUUCUAGUUCUUACCUGGCUCAAGCUGUGAACAGUCCGAUUGUGAACAUUGCCCUGGCGAGGUCAGCAGCUCUUCUGAAAGACUGGGCAAAGUGGAAGCUGUAUGGCAAAGCCACGAGAAAUGCGAUUCAGCACAUGGAGAAGGAGAUCGGAGAGAGAAAUGAAGGAGACGAUGAAGACGAAGAUGAGGGGGCCGGUCAUCGUAAGAUCGAAGGAGGUAAACAAGGCUGGCGAGUUCGAGAUAAGAGUCGUCAACAUGCGGCAUCGAUCUUUGAAAAGCACAAGUGUGAAGAGAUUCGGAGGGAGUUAAAGUCGAUCGAAGAGUUUGUCACCAGCGUCAAGGCUCUGGAGGAGGACGACUCCAACACUCUGUCCAAUGGCCCUUUGAAGGCUUACAGCGAUUUUCUUCUGCGCUUGAUCACAUUUCGGGACCACGACAACGAGUACACGAAGUGGAUUCGGGAAAAUCAGAAGAAUGGCAGCCCUGAAGCAAUGAAAACUGAUGAGAAGACUGAAACUAAGAAGGUCGAGAAGACUGAAACUAAGAAGGUCGAGAAGACUGAAACUAAGAAGGUCGAGAAGACUGAAACCAAGAAUGUCGAUAAGACUGAAACUAAGAACGUUGGAGAUCCACAGAAAAUCGUCGUCAAGCAGAUAACCAGUGGUCUCCGGAAGAGCUUCGGACUCGAUCAGGUUUUGAAACAGGAUAUCAUUGCUGCAAAGGGAGCAUCUGACCCUGAGGAAGCGAAAGAAAAGCUGAUUGAGAAGUUCUUUCCAAAAUUCUUGGGCGACUACACGACAAAGAUACGAAAAAUGCUGAGCCCCAAGGGCUUUCUGGUCUUUCGGGAAUUAUUCGGAAACACUCUGCCUGUCAAGCUUGAAAUUUGCUCCGGGGCUGGUGAAUGGGCCAUUGCUCAGGCCAAGGCAGAUCAAGACGCGGCGAACUGGAUGGCCCUGGAGCUAAGGAUCGAUCGAGUUCAUCAGAUCUUUACCAGAAUGAUUUUCCAUGAUGUUCAGAACCUGGCGGUGCUCGGUGGUGAUGCCACACAGAUUCUUCCGUGCUUGAUCUCGGAGUCUUCAGUCAAUCAGAUUUUUGUCAAUCACCCUGAGCCUCCUCAACAGACUGGUGGCGAAGACUCCGAGGGGCAGCAUCUCCUCACCGUUGACUUCUUUCGUGACAUGUAUCGCAUCCUUGCACACGACGGAACGAUCACAGUGGUGACAGACAACCUGUGGUAUGCAAAGCUGCUCGGCAGAAUCCUUGGAAAAGUAAGCGAGGGGUCGAAGGCAGCAUUCACCUCCAUCAAGAUGCAGAACAAAAAUAUCCGACAGAACAGCUGCAUAGACGGCUUUGUGAUCCAUGAGGGCUCGCCAGGACCCGAAUGCGGGCACAGCAUCAAGGCCUCCUCCUACUUCGAUCGUCUAUGGCAGAAGGGAAUCAAUCGGCACGCAACUGCGCAUGAUCGAUACUUUUUGUACAUUAAGAAGAACGUCAAGAAAGCUGGUUAA